GUUUAAUUAUUAAGGGUUAAAAGUCGGUAUUUAAAAUUCUUGAAAAUCCUUGAUAACAUUUAAAAAUGAGGAGAAAUUUAAAAUAAUUAAUUAAAAAAUAUUCAUACGUGGUCUUUUUUUAUUAUCAAACAGUAGAAUAACAGAUGUUUGUAACGAAUAGUAGUCAAUCGUCAUCAGUUGACUCCAGUUUAGAUCAAUUAAUUGAUAAUAAUAACGAUGAUGAGGAGCAAUUAGUAAAUUUAAAUAGCUCAGAUAGUUCCAAUUCUAAUAAUCAAAAUAAUCGUUUGAAUAUGUUAAUAAGUUACGGAAAAGAACUGUUAUGUAUUCUUGCAUUCAUUCUAACAACAUUCGCCAGUGUCCAAAAUAAUUCGCCUAAGAUAAGUCGAGCAGUAGCACCAGUUCCAUUUUUUUCAAAAGGUUCGUUCGUCGAAGAUUAUUACACAGGACAACUUAGUGCAACACAAACCAAAGUAUCGUUAUCAGAACUUUCAUUUGUGCUCUAUUAUGCACCUUGGUGCUCAGAAAGUCAACAUUCAAGACAAAGUUACGAGCAUGUCGCCAAAUUAUUCUACCAGGAGGCUUAUUUCACAGCGAUAAAUUGUUGGCAACCUGGCAGUGAAUGUCGAAAUCAGUAUACGAAAAUCCAUUCGUGGCCAAUUCUCAUGGCUUAUCAGCGAAAUGGCUUUGGAGUUCAAUACCAAAAAAACCUUUGGACUGAAGGGGCAUUGACGAAAUUCAUCACAUCACUUCUCAAUCCAGUUCAAAGACUCACAACACCAGAUGAGCUUCUUGAACUUAUGGCAACUAAAGAUGCGGUUGUUGUUGCGUUUCUUAACUUACAAGAUCAUCCAAGAAAUUACAAAAGUUUUCAUAGAGCAGCUUAUAAAUUCCUCGAAAAAGAUGCUUUCAAUGAAAUUGGAUAUGCUGUGGUUACGGGAGAAUCUUCGUAUAAUUUUGGAGUGGAGGAACUUCCUUCUAUUAGAGCAUAUAUGUGGAAUGAAACACUUGAAUACAAUGGAAACAAUUCAUGGACGAGUAAGGAAAUAAAUAAAUGGGUUUUCGAACAUAUUCAACAAGUUUCAUUCCAAUUAUCGCCACCUGGUACGAAAUCUUCAUCUCUUUCACCUUACUUGAGGCAAGGUCCGUUAUUGAUUCUUUUCACACCAAGAAACUUCUAUACGGAAAUGUCCGAUCCAUAUGUGAUGUUACAACAAAUUGGAAUGGAAUAUUAUAAUUGUGAUGAGGACAAUUGGAUAAACGAAAUGACUCGUGAUUACCUUUUUGAAAGAAGGAAAGAAAAUCGAGACAAUUAUAAGAAGUUGAUUGAAGGAUGUCAAAGAUUUUCUCAUCAUAACUUCCAUCCUGAAGAAAAUAACAAAAAAUGUGAUGCUUCGAUUUCUGUUUCACUUGCCAAUGUGUUAAAUUCAUCGAAGAAUUUUGAAGCGAGAUUUAAGAACGUUCCAAACUUUUGUGAGAUUAAUAAGCUUAUGAAAGAUAAAAGUUGUGGUUGUGUAAAAGAAUUUCAUUGUGAAAAGCAGUCACUGAAAUAUUCGUUGAAAGAUGUUCACAUCACUGGUGAUGAUAAAGUAAAAAAGACAUUUGAAACUUCAAUGUUGAGUCAUGAUGGCGAUGAUCGAUCGCCAGAUUCCAUCAUUCAAUAUAACUUCAGACGAAAAUGUGAAAUUCUUCGUUUGGCUAAAAGGAAAAGUGAUAUUUUAUUUAUUGAUGAUGUUGAUCCAGCUCCACUUGAAUUAGUUUCCGGUCUUGCAUGCAAAUACAACAAGACAUUUACCUUAAUUUCAAUGGACAGUUUGAGUUUUCACACAUUUGCCGAACGUAUUGGAAUUGAUAUUCUUGAAAUAGAAAAUAAAACUGCAGCAAUUAUUAUGGAUCAUGAGAAUGAAUCGACUUUCAUGCUAGAUGAACCAGUGAAUCUUAAUUCUCUUUCAAGAUUCAUUUAUACAUAUCACCGUGGUGGAUUGAAGAGAUUCCUGAGGACAAACAGCGUUCAAUACAAGCACACACAUUUCUUUGACAUUAACGAGUUUCUCAAUGUGAAAAAGAAGGAACAAAUGGAAGAUCGAGACAUUGUUGGAAAGAAGAAAUGUGAAAUGGAUGUUGGAAAGCGAAAAGUUCAUCACGCUGUGAUAAGAGAAAUCAAUUCUGAAGAUUUCGAAGAAGCCGUUUCAAGAUCUAAUCACACUUCUGUUGUGUUAUUUUACUCUGCCAACUGUGCUUUCUGCUCAAUGAUGAGUCACAGUUUGCUCACAGUUUCGAGAAUCAUCGAAGAGAUUCCAAAUAUAGAUUUUCUUCGAAUUGAUGGUGAUAAAAAUGAUUUGGCAUGGCACUUUACAAUGUCAGAAUAUCCAACAUUGAUAAUCUUCCCAGCUGGCGACAAAUCUGAAAGUCGAAGGUUUCCAGUAAGAAUGUCAAUAAACACGUCAAAUGUUUUAGGAUUUUUGUUGGCGAAUUUGAAUCGAUCACAACGUUUGUUGGGACUUGUUAUGGCUUGCAAUUAUAAGCGUCAUAAUUCAACGUACGAUUGCAUAACGACAAUACAAGAAGAAAUCACUGACUCAAUCUCAUUUUGUUUACGAGAAUGGCGGAAAAACCCAUUGAAACGAACAGCAAUUCUUAGGAUUAUUAAACAACUUAAAGAAAUUUAUUUGAAUUUGUUUUUAAUCAGAAGUUCGUGUGACUUUCUUAAAAUUGAAGUCGAAGUUAAGAGUUUAAUGGAGAAAUGGAAAAAGAUCAUGUAAAGUUUUCUAAUGUAAGCAAACGAUGAUAUUCUCCUUCGUUAGUUGAUAUUUUAAGGGAUGUUCAUCCCAUAAAUUGUUGAAAUUUUAUUUAAAAUAAGAAAGAAAGAUUAACAAAACCUUCAUUUAACAUCAAUUAUCUAAAUAUUUAGCAUUCUUGUAAAUAUGUACAUUCAUUUAAAGGAAUAAAUCAAAAAUCAGACUGAAAGAACGAACGUCAUGUUUUAUUUAUAAACGAAACUCUCAACUUUAAGCAGCCAUGAAUAAAUAAAUUUGUAAUGAUUAAAGCAAGCGAAAAAGAAAAGUUUUGUUAAGCAU